AUGGCAGAGAAAUGGCCCCAGAUGGCUACUCUACGAAUCACAAGCAUCAUAGUUUGUGCAGUUUUACUUGGACAAGGAUCGUCUGAAAAGACAGGAGGAAGUAAAGAGGAGCAGAGAGAUGCCAUUCUGAGGGAGAUUAUUUCAAAAUGGAGCUCAGGAGGUGGUUGGAGUCCUCAGAAAGCUCCUACAGAAACAAACAAAGACCAGUCUGUGCACCCUUGGAUGAGGAAUAUCAUGGGGAGCCUGAAAACAAUAUUUCCCAGCAAGAAACUGCCGUCAUUAAACAAACCAAUAGACAGGCACCGUCUGUCUGGCUUCCUCUACAACAUCUCUCUGUAUCUCCAAGAGAUGGGUGCUGAGCUGGAGGAAGCACCCACAGAGACAGAUGAGGAGCAGCUGUGGGAGAAGGUGCUGCAUUUCUUUCUGCAGUCUGAGGGGAGCGCUGCAAUGAACCAGUGGAAUGGCCGGGUGCCACCCCGACCUAGUGUUAGGGUUCAGGACUGGUUUUUGUCCCUGCGGGGCAGCCCUCACUGGGACUGGCUGCUGGGGCUGCUGCAGAGUCUGAUCACUUUGUCAGAGCGUCAGCCCUACAGGCCUCUCCUCACUUACCUAUCUCAGAACUGGAGGACAGUGAGUGCUGUGCUGGAAGCUGCUCUCCAGGCACUAGUUAGCGGGACCUACGGCCAGGCUAGCGCUGGCCUGCAGGGCUUCAUCUGUGCUCUGAAGGGCCGCAGUGACUGUGCCUUCAGCGUGAGCUGGCUUCAGCAGUUGCUGCGUUUCUUAGAAACACGCCACUGGAAGCCUGUGGUCAGUUUACACCCAAUAGGUGAGGGUGCUGAUCACAGUAAGAGCUCGAGUGCAUUUGGACGAUUUAAGCCCUUUAGUUUGCCCCCUGAGGCCCUGAGGAAGGAUGCUUGGUUUGGAAAUGCAUCUUUUGAAGAUUCAGUGGCCACAGAGGAUGAUCCAGACUCUAUGCAAAGUUUCCUCCUGCAGGCGUUGUCACGUUCAGGGGGAGGAGAUCGAGGGGGGCAUCUGGCACAGAAAAACCUAGCUCUGGUGCAGAGUUUGGAUGGGCUGAGGAGGGGCCUCCUGCACAGGGUGGGGAGUUCUGUUUAUGAUAACCUGAGGAGAAAAGUUUCACAAGCUACCAUGGCGCUGCUUGAUGAUGUCAGCAGUCUGGUGGAUGUGCCACAGCCCAACGUUCAGGGUCAGUGCUCAAUUGGUGACCUGAGGCAGCUGAUCCUAUGGGGUAUAAGACACAAUGUAACAUGGAACACAGAAGCCCUUGGUGUUGGGUCCCAGGGUCUCCCAAGCUCUCUCCCAUUCCUAUCCUGCCCCUCCAGUGAUGAAGAUGAACCAGGAUCAGGACAAAAAAGAGCACGCUCAUCUCCAAAACCAGCCCCAUCUUCAAGAAAAAUCAACAAACAAAAACACCCUCAAGACAGAAAGAAUGGGAGAACAAGAGAGAGCAACUACCAGCACAAAGACCUGGAGUACUCCACCUCUUUGGAAAUCCUAGAGGCGGCAUGUAAUGAAUCUAUCCCAGGCUUGACAGGAGUCUCCAACUUUACUGUGUUUCUCUACUGUAAGCUGUUUGAAGGGGAGAAUGGCUCGGUUAGCUCUGCGGUGGCUCAGAUGGGGCUAGACCUGCACGCCACAUGCUCUGAUGCGGCUUGGUACCUGUCGGCUGCUGAGGAGGACUUUCUUUGGGUUCAUGUCUGCAGUGAGUUCUUCGCUCAAGAAUUCAACAACACAGUGUGUGCCAACUCCUCUUUCUGGCUGCAGAAAGCACAGCAGGCUGUGUUGACAAAGGACUACCAUUUUUUCAACCAGACAAGUAUAGACGACCUGUGUGUGCGGCUGACAGAUGAGACCACAUCAAACCCAGGACUGGAGGAGAGCUGUCUGUCUCAGCUGGGCAGCAGGAUGCUCACUGCGCAGGCUUUCAGAAACUGCUUCCUGCCCAACAACUCUGUCUUGAUCGCUGCUCUGUGCGGAAGAGAUUCCCCCGAGUCCUUACCAGAGGGCAGCUGGGCCGCGGCAUACUGCUCCAAACUACACAACUUAACCCAUGCAGACACUGUUGAGGAGUCUUGUCAGUACAGGGAUUGGGAUGUGCAUGAUUUCACCAACUUCACCCUCCUUGAGAGUUGUAGGCAGACACAUGGACUGAGAGAACAUAUUUGUCUAAAUGUCACACUCUACAGUAAGUUGUUAAGAUCAGUGCCCCAGUUUUCUGAACUUUGUGCUGACCUGCAGGCAGAACAGGAGGAAAAAAAGUGCUUCCUGCAAAGGUUUUUCGACAUGCUCCCUGCACGCUAUGAGUUUGACACAUCCCAGCUGUGCAUGGACCCGGCCCCGCUGCUGGUUGACGUUCUGCACAAACUGAGCGUAUGUGAGGUCCAGGGAGGGGAGCGCCAGGGGUUUUUGUUGGCGCUGGGGUAUGUGUUUCGAGUCCUAGACUUCAUGGUAGGCCUCUCUUCUGGACUGGAUGAGGGGGAAAGAGAAGCGAGGCAAGGUUUGAGUCAGGCCAUCCUCCUCUCCAGUCUCCUUGACAACACAUCCUGGGCUGAGCUGCAGCCACAAGCAUCCAUGAGCGUCCUGCACACUGUUGGAGUGUUCCUUCGUAGAGAGCAGAAUGCCACUCUGAAGGAGGAUCUGCUGAGCUGCUUUAGUCCUGUCCUGUGGGACCUCAUUCAGCAAAAUGACAACUCAUCUGCUCUCAGGGUUCUACUCCAGGAGUACCUCCAAAUGCCAAGAGACAGCAUUCGCACUCUUGUGAUGUCUGCAGAAAAAGAUGCUGUAAAGAGAUUCCUCUCUCACAUGCAUCAAAGUUGGGACCAGUUGCAAGUUGAAACAGGCCAGGCCUCUCAAAAAGAGCUGCAGGCCAUGGAAACAAUGACUGCCGCUUUCAUCCACAAGUUCCCACGAGUGACCCCGGAGCUGUUUGUGGACCUGUCUCAGUUCAUUCCCUUCAUGUCUGUUUCUGACAUCAUGAGCUUCCCAGCCUCCCUGAUAGUCAACGACACUGUGCUGACAGCCAUUCGUGACCACAGCUCAGGAAUGAAGUCCCUGCAGAAAAAGGCUUUUGUGAAAAGACUUCUGCAGUCCAGUGUGGUGGGUGAUGUCCCUACAUGGCCACCAUACUUCCUCACUUCUAUCCUUCCACUCCUGCCCUACCUUCCAGUCAGUCAUUUUCAACAGCUGACCUCACAACAGCUAACUCCUCUCAUAGAGUUACUUGGCAACAGCGGUCUGGAUGGUGUAAGGGGCCGCCAUGUGCUCCGGACGCUUUUUAGCAAGAAGAAUCUUACAAGUGAUCAUAUAGUAAGAUUAGGAGUUCUUAUAUGCUACAUGGAUCCAGAGGACCUGUCUUCAUUUCUUCAGGACUCACCUGUGUCCUCAACACUCUGGCAGCAGCUGGCUCAGUGCAUGUGUAAAGGGUUCAUCAGUCCCAGCGGCAGGCUGUCUGCCUGGUUGAUACAAACCUUUGAGAACAUGAAUAUCAGCAGCUUGGCUCCUCCAGAGCUGUCAGCACUCAGUGGCCUGUUGCCUCAGUUAGGGGCUUCUUUCCUACAGUCACUCCCAUCACAACAACUCAUGGAAAUCUUCUCACAGCCAGGAAUACACAGAUACUCACCUGCACAGGCUUUUCAAAUCUUAGCCAAGAUUUCAAAGGACAUCCCUCUCACAGUGGAAAAGCUCUGCAGGCUGAAGCCUUUACUCUGUGGUCUCUCCCCUGCUGUGCUCAGAGACCUCCAGUGGGCUGAGAUCAGCCAGGCUGCACACUGCCAGUGUUUGAAAAUGCUACUGAAUGAGCUUAAGCCUGGUCACAGAGCCAUGAUAUACAAUGCAGUGCUGGAGGUGAUGGUGCUAUUAUCUGCCCUCAACUUUGAGAACAUCACUCAGCAGGUGAACUGUUUAUCACCAUUUGUCCCUCUGAAGAAGCUGACUGAAACCAUAAAAGGAGAAACAAUCCUGAGAGACAUCAGCCUGUACAGAGACAUGCUCUGGUCACCACAGCAGGCUCAGCUUCUAUUCAGAAAGGUCCAAGAAUUUAAAAACAUUUCCAGAAAGUUUGUGAGAAAUCUGGGUCAUAUCGCCAGUGGAAUGAGUUGUGACUUUCUGAGGCGCAACAGUACAUAUUUUGCAGAGCUGCUUCAAUUUAUCACUGAGCUCCCUGGAUCUAUGAGACCUGCUCUGCGGAAAUGUAUUGUAGAAGAACUGAGGAAUUAUCCUGAACUGGACCUCAACUUUCUAAGCUCUGGGUUUGCUGCAACUUUACCAGUGACGAUGUUAGAGACCUUAUCUAAUGUCUCAUUCAGAGCCAUCCUCAGCCACAUUCAGGCAAACUUUGCUGACUUCCUCAGACUUCCUCAUUACAAGCAGACGAAUUUAGCAGAGAGAGCUGUCUCUGAGCUUUCUUCUCAGGCUGAAGAGGAGAUUGAUGGCACCACACUGGACGUCCUGGGGCCUUUGCUGCCUUUCUUGGACCGAGACAGUUUGGCUCUGGUGGACAGACGAGCUCUGUCUCUGCGGCUAGAAGAAAUGAGAAGUUUCUGUCUUCCCAAAGAGGCCCUGAGAGAUAUUAGUACCCUGCUCACUCAGAAAGACCUACUCGGGGAACCUUCCAAAUGGCAGGUCAGCGAUGUUGAGCACUUGGGCAGGCUGGUGUUUUCUCUUUCAACCAAGCAAAUUAACUCUAUCCCACUGCCAGUGUUAAAUAAAGACACAGUGGAGCAGGUCCUGGUGGGUCAAAGUCUCUGGGAGGACAGCACAGUCGGUGGAGUCUGCGUUACUCGGUGUAUGGACAAACAUCGCCACAGAAGACAGACUCAGAGUCUUAUUCGAGGGAUUGUUAAAGCACGGAGUAGGAGAGCAAAAGUGCCAGUUCCAAGCUGUGCAGACAUCAGGGGGACAUUUCCUUCAGCGUGGACGUCCACACAGCUCAGUCGCAUGUCACAGGAGGAUCUUGAACAGUGUGUUGAAGUAUUUGCACAGGAUGCUUCAUUGAACUCUGAGCAGCGGCGAGCACUGUGGGGGAAGCUCAGGCAGUUUUAUAGUCCAGUGAAAGAACUGAGAGCAGAUCAGGUGCUGGCUCUGGGCUCGGUGGUGACAGAGAUGGGAGAAAGAGAACUUCAGGACACCAAUCUUACUGAUCCUAGUGUGCUGGCUCAUCUAGGGAUACUGACUGACUGGAGCCCUAAAAAAAUGAGAGCGGUGAUUUUGGGUGUGAUGAGGAAGCGUAAAGUGAAAGUGGAACAGUUAACAGCGGUCGAUCUGGCAAUAUUUGGCCAUCUGAUCUGUGGUCUGUAUCCAUCAGAGAUCAAAAGACUCAGUGGCUACAACCUCAGCAUAGCAGCCGUGUUCCUGCGGGAGGUGUCCCUGCCAUGCACAGAGCAGCAGAUGGAGAUGUUGACAAGCCGUUUGUCCAGACCAGAGGCCUUUGGUCCAGUCAGUGCUUGGGGACCAGAAGUUUUCACUGAAAUCGGGACACUGGCAGUGGGCCUGGAGGACAUGGUGCUGUCAGCUCUGGUACAGGAACAAGUGGAGGGAAUAACACCCGAAGCCAUUGCCCUGAUGUCUAAGAAAAAGAUGGCAGUGGUGUUCAGUGCUCUUCAGCUGUCCUGGCUGAGUGCUGAGCAGGCCUGGGCUGUCACCGAGGAGCAGUGGGAAGAGCUGGACAGUGAGCAGAGACAUGCUGUCGGACUGGCUCGAUACGAGGGAGACGUCCUGCUGGAGCUGAGAGGAAGAAAUUCAGCUCCAGAAGGCCUGAGCACACACAGCUUCCCUUUACACUCGCUGCUGCUCUGCCUCUUGUUAUGGCAGCUAAUUUAA